AUGGCUUCCUCAUCCACAAAAUCGCCACCGGCAUGGACGAUUGAAAAAGUCAUAGAAUUUAUUGAACUUUAUCAAGCACAUCCAAUAAUAUGGGACGCAACUCGAAAGGAUCGUAAGAAUAAAAAUUUAUUAGCUGAUGCAUGGCGCACCAUUCAACAGAAUAUGGGAAUGAAUUUCUCAAUUGAAGAUUUAAAAAAAAAGCGAGAAUCAUUAAUGAGCAAAUCUCGUCUUUACAGAAAGAAAAUUAGUGACUCUACUCGACCUGGAUCAUCAACAGAUGAUAUUUUUAAACCAAAUUGGUUCGCUUAUGAGCUCAUGGAUAGGUUUCUUGCUCCGAUUUAUGAUAAAUCAGAUACAGUUACUAUUAACACAGAGACUAUGGAGUUUCCUAAUGAAGACAGCAAUCAAGAUAGAAGCUUUUCUAAUGAAGAGCAAGCAUUCAAAAUAGAAGUUCCACGUCAGCCAAAAAACGGCGAAAAUCGGAAGUCACGGAAGGCGUCCGGCAGCGCAGUGAUUCUAGACCCGCGCAUGGUUUGCAAGAAAAAUCGACGGACGCGAGGACGCUUGGCGCAGAUUUGCAAGAACGAGACGGGUUUGCUGAAGGAAAUUACCAAGGGCGUGACCCUUGGAGCCACAGAGUGCGCAUAUCAGUUUAGGAAUCGAAGGUGGAACUGCACCACUCAGAGACGCAGUAUGAGGAAAAUACUGGUGAGAGAUACGCGGGAAACUGGCUUUGUGAAUGCAAUUACUGCUGCUGGAGUCACAUAUGCAAUAACGCGAGCUUGUACUGCCGGAGCACUUUUAGAAUGUUCAUGUGAAAAGGACGUUACUAAACCCCGUCGCGGGAGGAUUUCUCCAGUUCCGCUCCCCCCAUCCUCAGUCGAGACGGACCGAUGGCAAUGGGGCGGUUGUAGUGACAAUAUACGCUUCGGUCUGCAAAAGUCUAGGGAAUUUAUGGACAGUCGUUAUAGGAAACGAAGUGAUAAUAUAAAGACUUUGAUCAAACUUCACAACCACAACGCUGGGAGGUUGGCAAUCAAAAACAACAUGAGAGUUGAAUGUAAAUGCCAUGGACUAUCAGGUUCAUGUACUCUUCGUACUUGCUGGUGGAGGAUGCCAGCUUUUAGAGAAGUUGGUAAUCGACUGCGCGAUAGAUUUGAAGGUGCUUCGAAGGUAAUUUCGAACAACAACGGUGAAGGAUUUAUGCCAGAGAGUCCAAAUCUAAAAAAUCCUGGCAAAAAGGACAUAAUUUACUCAGAAGAAUCCCCGGAUUUUUGUACUCCUAAUAUGAAGACUGGUUCUCUUGGUACAGAAGGACGUCAAUGCAACAUAAGUUCUGCGGGAACAGAUAGUUGUGAUCAACUCUGCUGCAGACGAGGAUAUGUACAAAAUACGAUAACUGAAUCAGAAAAUUGUAACUGUCAAUUUAAAUGGUGCUGCGAAGUUAUUUGUGAAACAUGUUACAUAAAGCGAGACGUACAAACAUGCCUAUAA